GUCUGUCUGGUUCUCCACAGGACGGGUUCUGCAGACGGAACCAGGAACCAUGAGGCAGGACUCGGCCUCCAUCACUGCCAGCUGGGCCGGAACCCAGAAGAACCAGCAGCAGAGACGGAUCAGAACCCGGAUCUGAGAGCAGAUGGAGAACACAGAGUCCGUCGGAUCAGAACCAUGUCCUCGUCAACACGUCGUCCUCCGCUAGAAGCUCCUUGUUAGACGUCACGAGUCAGUCGGACCCCUGUGAGGCUCCGGAGCUGAGGGGAAGCAGGAGGAAGCAGAGCCGGACCGAGCGGAACCAGAGACAGCGACGGACCCAUGCAGGCCCGGAAGAAGUAUGUCCUGCUGGGUCUGUGUGCGAGCUGCUGGCUGCUGCUCUUCUACUGGGGCGGGGGAGUCCAGCUGCGCCUGCUGCGGCUGCUGAGCCGCCAGCGGGCCGAGGUGGUCCGGCCGUGGCCCAACUGGACCGACCGGGCCUUCCUGCCCCGCUAUGCCCACCUGGACGAGCUGCAGACGGACCCGGGGACGGCCGAGUCGCCCCGCCAGCGCCGCCAGGCCUGGUCGGCCAUCUAUAAGGACAGCCGCUGCCGCAUGGAGACCUGCUUCGACUUCUCCCGGUGUCGGCGCCGAGGCCGGGAGGGAUUCCGGGUCUACAUUUACCCGUCGGAGAAGAACGACCGGGUCUCGGAGAGCUACAGGAAGAUCCUGACAUCCAUCGGCGAGUCGCGGUACUUCACCUCGGACCCCCGGGAGGCCUGCCUGUUCGUGCUCGGCAUCGACACUUUGGACCGGGACCAGCUGUCAGGACAGUUUGUGCCCAACGUGGACGAGCGAAUCCGCGGCUACCCGCUCUGGAACGACGGGCGGAACCACCUGAUCUUCAACCUGUACUCGGGAACGUGGCCCAACUACACGGAGGACCUGGGCUUCAACAUCGGCCAGGCCAUCCUCGCCAAAGCCAGCCUGAACACGGAGCACUUCCGGCCGGGCUUCGACGUCUCCAUCCCGCUCUUCUCCAAGGACCACCCCCAGAAGGGCGGCGAGCGAGGCUGGCUGGUCCGGAACACCGUCCCGCCCAGACGGAAGUACCUGCUCAUGUUCAAAGGGAAGCGCUACCUGACCGGCAUCGGGUCGGACACCAGGAACGCCCUGCAUCACAUCCACAACGGGAAGGACAUCGUGUCGCUGACGACGUGUCGCCACGGGAAGGACUGGGAGAAGCACAAGGAUGCCCGCUGCGACCACGACAACCUGGAGUACGAAAGGUUCGACUACCAGGAGCUGCUCCAUAACUCCACCUUCUGCUUGGUGCCUCGAGGUCGACGUCUGGGUUCCUUCCGCUUCCUCGAGUCUCUGCAGGCGGCCUGCAUCCCGGUGCUGCUGAGUAACGGCUGGGAGCUGCCGUUCUCCGACGUCGUUCAGUGGAACCAGGCGGUGAUCGAAGGAGACGAGAGGCUCCUGCUGCAGGUGCCGUCCACGGUGAGGGCGAUCGGGAACGAGAGAGUCCUGGCGCUCCGACAGAGGACCCAGAUGUUGUGGGAAGCCUACUUUUCCUCCGUGGACAAGAUCGUCCUCACCACACUGGAGAUCAUUAAGGACCGGGUGUUUUCUCACAUAUCAAGGAACAAGUACAUGUGGAACUCUCUGCCGGGAGGCCUGUUAGUGCUGCCAGAAUACUCCACACACCUCGCUCACUUCCCCUUCUACUACCUGGGAUUAGGGGUAAAUCCAGGUCAGGAGUUCACUGCUGUCAUCCACGCCGUCUCCCCAUUGGUCUCCCAGUCUCAGCCAAUCAUGAAGCUCCUCCAGGUGGUCUCCAAGUCAAAGUACUGCUCUCAGAUCAUCAUUCUGUGGAACAGCGAGAAGCCGCCUCCCAGUCGCAGCAAAUGGCCUCCGAUGCCGGUUCCCCUCACGGUGACCGACGGCAGGAGGAAGACCACCAGUCGGUUUCUACCUCACGUUGCCAUAGAGACAGAGGCGGUGCUGAGUCUGGACGAGGAUACCGUCCUGCUGACCAGCGAGGUGAACUUUGCCUUCCUGGUGUGGAGGAGUUUCCCCGAGCGGAUCGUCGGAUACCCGCCCAGGAGCCACUUCUGGGACCCCCUGAAGAGAGCCUGGGGCUACACCUCCAAAUGGACCAAUGACUACUCCAUCGUCCUGACCGGAGCCGCUUUCUACCACAGGUACUACCACUACCUGUUCACCCACUACCUGCCCCAGUCUCUGAGGACUCUGGUGGACCGGACCUCCAACUGCGAGGACAUCCUCAUGAACUUCCUGGUUUCCGCCGUGACUCACCUGCCGCCCAUCAAGGUGGCCCAAAGGAAGCAGUACAAGGAGCUGCCGAGUCCCCAGGGAACAAAGACUGUCCCGUGGGCCAACCCAGAGCACUUCAACCAGAGACAGGAGUGCAUCAACACCUUCACCAACUGGUUCGGCUACAUGCCCCUGGUCCACUCCCAGUUCCGCCUGGACCCGGUGCUCUUCAAGGACCAGGUGUCCGUCCUCCGCAAAAAGUACAAAGACCUGGAGAGGGCGUAGCAGGAUCCGAGGGCGUGGAGGUCUGGGCUGGACGACAAAUGGACCGAUCGGUGGCGGACGUGGCGCUCGAGGACGGCUGGGGAUUUUAUAGCAGCCGGGUCCAUUUGUGACAAUCAUCAGACGGACCCUGGUGGUCUGAUCUGGACUACAGACGUUCAUGUACGAAGGGAAAGGGAUCCGUAAGAGUCUGGAAAGGGCCUCAAAUGAUUCUCCGGGAAUGUCGAGGCCUUGACGACGUCCUUGUCGGCGUCUCACUGAGGAAGGACAAUCUGUUUUAAAAAGGAAACACUUGAGAUGUGACGGCGUGACACUGAGCAGGGAAUGACUGGUACUGGUGCCGUGCACUCUGGCUGAUGAUGUGGAGCUCGGCGUUACCGUGCAGGGACUGUUGCCAAGGAAACAGAUCAUUUCACAUCAAAAUGCUAACUGUAAAACCAAUAAAACGAUUUAUAAAUGCAAA